CAGUAGAAGGCAGAGAGACACCGCUGGCGAAGAACAACCAAAAUGAUCGUCCGACCGCGACAAAGCUCCCUUACCCCCGUGGCGGCGGCGUUGGCCUCGGCGGCCUUGCUGCUGAGCACGUCGUCCCCCGUCGUCUCCGGCGCCCCCGUGGUUGUCACCGACUACAAGCAGCUUGUUGGAACGAUCGGUUCAAACAACGACUACGACACGGGCGAGCGCUUCGCCAGGGAAGGGAUGGUGCUUGUGCACAAGGGAGAUGAGAGCUGCGCCCCGGACUUCGACACCCUCGGCCUGUCGGUCUUCGGCAAGUACCCAGACAUGUACUCGCUCGUGUCUGUGGAUGCCGACCACGCGGACAAGGAGCUGCUGGACAAGCUGGGUGUCGAUCCUGCCAUCCUCUCCGAACCGAAGAAAUGUCCCUCGCUGAGUGUCGUGCCGAGGCGCUCCACCGUAGCAGCUCCGGCGGUCAUUUUGCCCACACUCGACAAGAGGGGAAGCUACCAUCUCAACACCGUCAAGACCCAGCAGGUUUCCGUGGGCAUCGUGAACGAGAUGGGCUUCGACCUGGACAUCCACUACCAGUGGUGGGACGAACCGGUCAAGCCCACGCACAUCAGGACGCUUACGCCAGGGACGGAGAACUGGAUGCUGAGCUACAAGACCACCCUCGUGCUGGCCCUCAACAAGGAGACCCAGGAGGAGGUGUCGAGGUUCGUCGUCAAGGGGCACGGGCUCUUCACCGUGGCGGAGAGGUCGUGCACCGCCGAGACCUGCGGCACUUCGGAGGGGGCGGAGACGCCGCAAGACAUCGCUUCGCGAAACGCCAGGAGACAGAUGGACCAGGGGCGCCUGGUUAACAACAGGAAGCAGCCGGAGGGGCUUCCGCGGUUCACCGAGGUUGGGUUCAAGAAGAUCACGGUGCCGGAUGACGUCUGGGACCUCGUCAAGACCUACUAUGAGGAGAACAAAAGGAGAAGUGGUCUAAGAACAACGUCUUCACCAACAACGUGGAGGCGCCGAGCUACAUGGUCAACCUGCCGGGAGAACGGCAAGCUCAAGGAGCAGAUUUUCGGCGGUCUCCGGCCUAUCCUUGAGGAAUGGUCAGGGGUGGAGCUGGUGCAGACGGCUUGCUACGGGGUCCGCGUGUACACCAACACGAGCUGGCUGGCAAACCACGUCGACACGAAAGCCACCCACGCCGUAUCCGUGAUCAUGCAGGUCGACCAGGACGUCGAGGAGGACUGGCCUUUGAUGAUCUACGACCACGCGGGCAACGACUACAACAUCACCAUGAAGCCGCGAGACUUGGUCCUGUACGAGAGCGCAACGUGCGUGCACGGCCGCCCGUCGACGUUCCACGGGAACUACUACGCGAACGCCUUUGUACACUUCAAGCCCAAGGACCCGGAAAAGUGGUCCAAAUUCAUUGAGUGAUUUGUAAAAGCUUGGGUUGAUUUCACAGCCCCCCCAAAGAAGGGAAAACCAUUGCAUCCCUUUUUGAUGAACACGACGUACUAUAAAACGAGAAGAGAAAGAUGCACCGUCCUGGCGGGAGGUGGGAGCGACUUGACGCCAGGUCUCCCAGUAGUAUAUUCUGCGGUGCCGUGCGUGAGCCCAACGCUGUGGCCGGCUCGUGGUGAUGUUCGAUAGCGUUGAAAAUUAGAGUUGAAAAUGUAACGAGACGUUGCGUGCUACCCACCGUCGCAGCAGCAUGCCGAGAGAGUUUGCCGGCCGACAGGAUGAACCUGUGAUAUUUGCGUGUGUGCGUCUUCCAUGCUUAGAACGGCUAUUAGUGAUGGAUUGAUGUGGUGUACGUUCAUGAGAGACGGUGGGGUGCUCAAGGCCGAUGCAAGUCCAGGGCGUGUACACGCGUGAAAUAGACGUGCAAAAUACCUUUCUAGGGAGCGGUGAAGGUUGCGUUCGACGAGGCGUGAGAUGAUGUGCGAUUUUGUCCCCGGAGCUGGUGAUCGUCCGCCACCGCUACUUGGUAGGGUGGGGGGGGCGGAAACUGCGGUUGGACGUGAUGGUUUUUCCCCGCAACUGUUGGUUCUCCGCAGCACCACCGCUUUGUGGGGGUGGGGCGGGAAGCUGCAGGUGAUGAGAUGACUAGGUUACAUGUGUCAGUCAGGGCGGGCGGGUUGUGUGAAUCGUUUGUGUUUUUUGUUACAUUUCAAAUGACGUACCUUUUUCUCCUUUGCUUCUUUCAUUCAUCAAUGUUUUUUUUUUUAAUCUAAUUGCCACCCCCAU